AUGCAAUUGAAAACUAAAAUAGGCGACGGCUUUUCUAGUGAUCUAUAUUUAUGUCUUUAUGAACAAUAAUAGUAUGUAGUAAAGAUCUAUAAACAAAACUAUUCUGACAAAUUAAGAUAGAAGGAAAUUAAAAUAUUGAAAAGUUUAGAUCAUCCUCAUAUUCUUAAAAUUAUUGAUCAUCAUUCAGAUUACAAAUACUUUAUUUGUGAUCAAAUGAAAAUAGAUUUUUAUUAAAUUAUGAAGAAUGGAAUUUAAUUAGAUAUUAGAACUGUUAAAUAGAUAUUACUUGAAUUAUGUGAAACUAUACAAUAUCUUCAUAAACUUAAUUAUGUUCAUAGAGAUAUUAAAUUAGAAAAUGUAAUGCUCAAUAAACAAUUAUAAAUCAUUCUAAUAGAUUUUGGUUUUGCUGAUAUUGUUGAUGAUAACAAAUAAUAUAUCAGAAAUUGUGGAACACGUAAUUAUAUGUCACCAGAAUUACUUAUUUCUGAUAAAUAUAUUUAACCAAAUCUACUUAAAAAAUCUGAUAUUUUUGCUUUAGCUGUUCUAAUCUUUAUACUUUAUUAUGGAUUUCCUCCAUUUUCUGAGGCAUCUUUAAAUUGUCCAUUUUGGAAAUUUAUCUCUGAAAAAAAAUGGCAUCAUUUUUGGAAACUUGUAAAUAAAAAUGCUAAAAAUCAUGACGAAUUAUUUUAAGAAUUAUUUCAAAAUAUGAUAUCACCUGAAACUGAAAAUAGAUUUACUAUAGAAUAAGUACUCAAUCAUCCAUGGAUUGAUGGAAAUCAUGAUCUAAGCUAACUAAUUAACAUUAUUUGA